GGCCCAAUCUGUAGAAAUAUUUGUUUGUUGGACGCCUAUUAAGCUUAGAAUUAACAUAAAUAAGUGCCAAUAACAUAAAAUCAUCUUAAAUAGUUUAGUUAUUUUACUCCUAACCAUUUACUCUAUCAGUUCCUUUGUGAAACACGAGUUAUAAUGGGCACAAAUUUACCCCGUAACUUUUCGGUCAUUACCGGUGAACUGUGUAAUUUUCUUUACAAGAAAGCAUACGAUAGAGACAGAAUAAACUUGCUUAUCGAUGAGCUUAAUGCAAAACCAUAUAAAACUGAGUUGUUUGUUAAAAAACAGGAUGCACUGACGUUAAUCACAUCACUAUGCUCUAAUAUCGUCCCUACUGAUGAGGUUUUGGCUGCAAAAACAUCACAUCUAAUUAAUAGUAUUCUUACAAAGCAAAACUUGCAAUUGGACACAGAUUAUGUGCAAAAAGUGGUAUUUUGGCAUAUUCAGUGUUUCAAAACAUGCUCUGACAUGGUUGUACCUGAUUUACUAUACAACAUUCAGUGUAUUAUUCAAUUAAAUGUCGCUGCGAGUCAAAAGUAUUCAGAAGAAUUAAUAGGCAGCCAAGGAGUUUUAAACAGUUUUCUAGACACCAGUAAAUGUGGUCUGCCGAUAACACAAAACCAACUACACCUUUGCCUCAGUGUCUUAAAAUGCAUGUGUUCAAUAACUUCGGUGCCCGAUGAAAAUAAAGCAUCUGAACAACCAAACUUGAGUUCCGAGUUAAAGGAGCAAGUAUCACAAUUAGUUGUUAAUUUUUUGAUGAGAAUUACAAAAGGGCAAGAUGAAUAUCAGUAUUGUAAAGUGGUUGUUACUGCAUUAAGAGUGCUAUCUCAAAUCUAUUUCAAUGACCAGACCAUAUGUAUUCCACUACCAGAACUUAUGGGUAUUUCCCGUUACUUCCUUGUCUAUGGCCUUGUGGUUCAGGGCCUGAAGCCUGAGAAGAUCAUGCCAGCCCAGCAGACUAUUGCAACAGUACCUAAUACUAUCAAUCGGGAUACAAAGGGUGGUAAAAAACAAAAACUGCGCAAGCAGAGAAACAAUGCCAUUGAAAGUUUGAAAAAGGAAAUACCGGUAUCAGAAAAGAGUUUAAUGAGAGAGGUGGAAAAUUUCGAAAACAUCUCAACGUACCGACCGGCGAGUCAGAACUACUUGGAGCCGCAGAAGGCCAGGAACUAUUGGGUGCUGACCAGCGAUUCUGAUGCUUCGGAUGUUGAGAGCAGUCGAGAAGCUAAGCUGGUCGCUUUGAGGUCUAGGGUGAGACAGAGUGCUGCUAAUCUGUUAUUAGUGUUGACAAGGGUGAGCGAAAAGCGAGAUAUUUUCGGAUACUGGUGGGCCCUGUUACCCGAUUCACCAGAAGUCGACAACUGGACCGCAACAGACGCAGCUAAGAAGACCUUAGCUUACUGCGCGGUCACUGACCCCACGUCUAAUAAUAGAGCUAGCGUGUUGAGCGUGAUUUUGGCGCUGCUCUCUGGGCCUAGGAUGUACUUGUCACAGGCUGAAGUAAGCAAAAAAGACAACGCCUCUUUCAUCCCCUUCUCCGUAUCUCUCGGCUACAUGAUCGACUGUCUGCACAAAGUAUUGACCACCAUAUUGGACAGCGAGCGAAGCCACGCGGUCGUACUAGUCGCGCUGAAGUGCUGCGCGGCGUUGGUUCAGGCCACGCCGUAUUAUAAGAUGAAGGCGGGGCUUGUGAGUGAGCUGGUGAGGGCGUCGAGGAAAUUCUUGGUCCAUAAGAAUGUAACAUUGCAAGUUGGAGCCCUAGUCACCAUGGGAUGCGUUCUUUCCAUAGAUCCAAAAGUAGACGAAGUAUUAAAAUCAGUAGAAAAAGAUGCCACGAAACCUGUUCAUCAAACACACAUAGAAAGUGACACUAAUGAAGAGUGUGACGAUUUUGAAGAAGGAUAUUCUGAUGACGAAAUGUUUACCGCCGUUGAGCAAACGUGUAUAGAAAAAAUAAGUGAAGAGAAAAAUGUACAUUAUUUUAAGAGCUGGAUCUUAGAUAUAUGUUUUAGGAAUAUGGGAUGGAUGUUCAAGGACAGUGAAGUCGUUAAAUGUAAGCCGUCGGCGAUCCCUGUGAUACUAGAAUCUCUCCAAGUCCUCUCGGCCAUAGCGUUCCACCGCCUAAAAAACUUGCUUCAACCACAUUUAACACUACUGGCAGACGUUCUGUUUGAGAUGCUGCAACAUGAGCACCAAGAUGUAACACUACAGGCAGCGAAAACUGUCACUAUUAUCGGAGAUGCUAUACAGAAACUAGAACAAACAAACGAGUCUCCACCCGUGAGUCAAUGUAUGUACAUGUGGCAAAAGCUACUGACGCCUUUGUCGACCGUGCUGCAAUGUCACGACAACCCUCAAUGCAAGGCUGUCGUUUGCGACUGCAUCGCUAACAUAGGCGAGCGGUCGUUUAAGGAGUUACCGCGACAUCUACAAGUGUUAUGCUGUACUCUACUGGUUGGUUCGUGCAGCGACGAGGAGCCGGCGGUGCGGGCGGCCGCAGUUCGUGCCCUGGCUAUGACUGUCAUGUACCGAACCCUUAGAGAAGACAUCGGUUUUGUGAGCGACUGCGGGGAGAAUAUACUUCGUGCACUAGCAGAGUCAUCUUUGGUGGUGAGAACAAAAGGCGCCUGGGCGCUAGGAAACUUGAGCGACGCACUCGUUUUGAAUGUCGAUGAUCUGGAGAUAGACGAUAUCGACGAUCGACUCCUACUGCGUCUACUGGAGGUCAGCAUACAAUGUGCCGCCGAUAACGAUAAGGUAAAGAUGAGCGCAAUGCGAGGCCUCGGAAACAUAUUGCGCCUAAUAAAACAAGAAAAUCUGCAACGUGAUCCGCAAUUCAAGGUUUUAUGCGAAGCAGCAAUAACGAAGCUGCUGGACUGCGCGUGCAAAGUGAGCAAUAUGAAGGUGCGAUGGAACGCGUGCUACGCGUUGGGCAAUGCUAUGAAGAAUGAGGAUUUGUUCACUUGUUUUAGUGGAUGGCAGAGUCAAGUCUUCCCAAACCUCUGCACGCUAUCCCGUGACUGCAAAAACCUCAAAGUGCGCAUCAACGCAGCAGUAGCACUUCGUGCUCCAACAACCAGAGCGCAAUACGGCGAUCUGUUCCCGCUGGUGUGGCGAGGUGUCAUGGCGGCAAUGGAAAACGCUGCGAAUGUGGACGAUUUCACUGAGUACAGACAUAAGGACAAUCUGAUUGAACAGCUCAGCGUGACCCUAGCGCACCUCUGCUGUCUCCUCAAGCAGAUCGAUCUGCCCGACAUCCUCGACCCUCUAGUCUUCCACUAUGACUGCGCGAAGUCUCUCCUCACGCAGCUCUGCCACAAACUGCCGCCGGAGAACGCCUCCUGUCUUAGAAUACUGGAGGCUGCCAAGUACGUGACAGUAGAUUUGAUAGCAUCCAAUGAUACACAGUCGCAAUCGUUGAGUAUGCUGCAGGAGAUAUUUAUUUGGGAUAUGUGAGUUACUUAAUAACAAUGGCUCGUACAAAUGAGCUGCUGUAAUUUAUCUGUCUGAAAAUUAAAUAGUUAAGUAAUCAGACUGUUAAAGUCUA